CAUGCUACUCAAAAGAUUCUGUGGAAAAUCUAACUGUAACAUUAAUAAUCUUGUCACUAGCAUCAGAACUACUUAUGUGGAUGACAGGAUAGGCAUUCAAGUCAAUGUUGAUGACAAUGAGGUUCUUUUAUAUGCUUCUUCAAGACACAUGAAGAGUGUUACCUGCUGCGUAAAUGAUGCCCUAGAGUAUGAAAGUAAGUUGUUGCAGAACGAAUGUUUAGAGAAAUGCCUAUUCAGUGGAGGUUCGGCAGCUUCAGCCUCUAUUGCCCUCUUUGGAGCUGGUGCUAUGAUAAAGCAUUUGGAGCUUGAGAAGAGAUGUUUGACUGUGGACAUAUUUCAUUCAAAUGGAAAUGCGAUCGAUGAUAAGGAACUGCUGAUGUUUCUGGAGAGAUCCACGUCUGGUAGUAUUUGUGCGGUGUAUAAGUCCUCUGGGAUGGGCCAGGACAGUGAGGAGAACAAGUGGGGCAGGGUGACAUUUCUUACCCCUGAUGCUGCAAAACAAGCUGCAUUCUUAGAUCAAGUGGAAUUCAAUGGUGGCUUUCUGAAAGUAGUUCCGUCUAGGAGCAGCAUGCAUGGCAGUGAUCAAAAGAUGUUCCGGUCAGCUCUCAGAGCUAAAGUCCAAUGGCCUCGUAAAUACAGUAGAGGAUUAGCCUUUUUAAAAUGCGACCCAAGUGAUGUUGCAUUUAUGAUAAAUGACUUCUCUGACCUGAUGAUUGGUGAAAGAAUUAUCCGUUGUGAGCCAAGCAAUAAGUAUCCUGACAACUUGGUCAUUUCUGGAAUUGAUAAGGAGAUUUCUGAGGCAGAGAUACUUGAGGUGUUGAGGGCAUCAACAAAUAGGAGAAUUCUGGAUUUGUUCUUGGUGAGAGGAACUGCUGUAGAAGAUCCUCCAGUAGCUACUUGUGAAGAAGCACUUAGGAAAGUAAUAUCUCCCUUCAUGCCUAAUAGGAUUCCAUAUGUUAACUCUGUUCGUGUCCAGGUCUUCCAGCCGGAACCAAAGGAUGCUUACACAAGAGCAGCUAUCACUUUUGACGGAAGUCUUCAUCUUGAAGCAGCCAAGGCUUUGGAGCAAAUUGAUGGCAAGGUAUUGCCUGGAUGCCUUUCCUGGCAGAAAAUAAUAUGUCAGCAACUGUUUCACAGCUCUGUUUCCUGUCCUGCGCCAGUUUAUCAUGUUAUCAGGAACCAGCUGGAUUCCUUACUUGCUAGCCUCCGACGAAGAAAUGGUGUGGAAUGCAACCUCGUGAGAAAUGAUAACGGUUCCUAUAGAGUUAAGAUAUCUGCCAUUGCUACAAAAGUUGUGGCAGAGAUGAGAAGGCCAUUGGAGCAACUUAUGAAAGGCAAGAUUGUAGAUCACAUGGACAUUACUCCAACAGUUGUUCAACUUCUCUUCUCUCGCGAAGGAACUAACAUUAUGAACAGGAUUCAGCGGGAGACAGGAACCUAUAUUCUUUUUGACAAGCAUAACCUACUUGUACGAAUCUUUGGCUCUUCAGAUAAUGUUGAUAGGGCGCAGCAGAGAUUAAUAGAUUCCCUUCUGGAGCUACAUGAAAGCAAGCAACUUGAAGUUCAUCUUCGUGGACAACAUUUACCUCCUGACCUGAUGAAAAGAGUUGUUCAGACGUUUGGACCAGAUCUUAAUGGCCUUAAAGAAAAGGUGCCUGGGGCAGUAUUCUCUCUGAACACAAAGCGCCAUUGCAUCUGUAUCAAUGGUAGUAAAGACUUGAAGCAAAAAGUUGAGGACUUAAUCUGUGAAAUUUCUCAAAGAAGCGGUCUACCAACUCAAACGACGGGAGAUGAGGCUGACUGUCCUGUUUGCUUGUGUGAACUGGAGGAUCCUUAUAGACUUGAAGCUUGUGCUCAUUUAUUCUGUCGGUCAUGCUUGCUAGAGCAAUGUGAGUCCGCGAUCAAAAGCCGGGAAGGUUUCCCCGUCUGCUGUAUGCGUCAAGGUUGUAGGGAACCCAUUUUGCUUGCUGAUUUGAAGUCGCUAUUGUCGAGUGACAAGUUGGAGGAACUUUUCAGGGCUUCAUUGGGGGCUUUUGUGGCAGCCAAUGGGGGUACCUACCGCUUUUGCCCCUCACCCGAUUGCCCUUCAAUUUAUCGUGUUGCGGAUCCUGGUAUGGUUGGUGAACCUUUUGUCUGUGGUGCAUGCUUUGUGGAGACGUGUACUAGAUGCCACCUCGAGUAUCAUCCAUACCUUUCAUGUGAGAUGUACCAGGAGUUUAAAAACGAUCCCGAUUCCUCUCUAAAGGAAUGGUCCAAGGGGAAAGAGAAUGUCAAGAAAUGUCCAGUUUGCAGCUUUACAAUUGAGAAGAUAGACGGCUGCAAUCAUAUCGAGUGUAGGUGCGGGAAACAUGUUUGCUGGGUUUGCUUGGAGUUCUUCGACAGCAGUGAGAAUUGCUAUGGCCAUUUGAGGAAUAUUCACCUUUCCAUUACGUGAUAACUAGGGUACCAUAGUUUAUGAAGCAUUCAUGUAAAUCUUUGCCUGUCUAUGUAACCCAGAGCUUUUUAUGUAAAUAUAUAUAUCUAUGUUUAUGUAGUAAAUCCCCCUCUUGUGAGACAGUACUAUUUGCUCCUAUAUGUAUACAAACACCCACAUGCAUAUAUUUGUGUGUUCAGAACCUUUGA